AUGUCAACACGUCCUGCUAUUGGCAUUGACUUGGGCACAACUUUCUCCUGUGUCGGUGUUAUCCAAAACGGCAGGGUGGAGAUCAUAGCCAACGAUCAGGGCAACCGCAUAACGCCGAGUUGUGUUGCCUUCACCAAUAAAGAACGCCUCAUCGGUGAAGCCGCAAUAAACCAGGCCGUUAUGAACCCUACCAAUACAGUGUUCGGUGUGAAGCGUCUGAUCGGGCGCCGUUUCAAUGACGAGGUAGUGCAGAGCGACAUGAAACACUGGCCCUUCAAAGUUAUAAAUUCGGAAGGGAAGCCACAAAUCGAGGUGCGGCACUGUGGUGCAACAAAGCAAUUCUUUGUGGAGGAGAUCUCGGCCAUGGUGUUGUCAAAGAUGAAAGAGACGGCAGAGAUAUUCUUGGGCGAGAAGGUGACAGAUGCGGUGAUCACUGUGCCAGCGUACUUUAACGUGGGCCAAAGACAGGCCACCGUAGACGCAGCAAAAAUAGCCGGUUUAAAGGUGCUGCGUCUAAUCAAUGAACCGACGGCAGCUGCAAUUGCAUACGAUAUGGACAGGAGGAGCGACGGGCAACGCAAUGUGCUCGUCUUUGAUUGGGGUGGUGGCACCUUCGACGUGUCCAUCCUGUCCAUGGAGAAUGGCAAACUUGAUGUGAAGGCGGUUGGUGGUGACACGCAUCUGGGUGGUGAGGACAUCACUUCUCGACUCGUGGAUCACUGUGUGGAGAAGUUCAAGCAGGCGCAUAAGGGUAAAGAUUUGACCACCAGCGUGAAAGCCAUGGGCCGUCUGAGAGAGGCGUGUGAGAAGGCAAAGAGGAUGCUGAGCUCGGCUGAGUACACUGAUGUAGGUAUAGUGUCGUUGUUUGAGGGCAUCGAUUUCAAUACAACCCUCACACGGGCCCCAUUUGAGCAGUUGUGCUCGGACCUCUUCAGUCAGACUAUAGAUGCUGUGAAGACGGCGUUGAGGGAUGCAAAGACGGACAAGGCUGACAUCCACGAAAUAUUGCUGGUGGGUGGAUCGACGCGUAUUCCAAAGGUGCAGAGCAUGGUGCGGGACUUCUUCAAUGGUAGCGAAUUGAAAAGGUCCAUCAACCCAGACGAGGUAGUGGCCCACGGUGCGACGUUGCUGGCUGCCAACCUGACUAGUUACAAUUCAAAGGCGAUGGAGGAUAUGAUGCUGCUGGAGAUAACGCCAUUAUCACUGGGUGUGGCUACCACAGGUGGUGUAAUGACGACGUUGAUAAAGCGCAACACGAAGAUUCCGACACAGCGAACUAAGAUAUUCACCACAUGCUCAGACAAUCAACCGAGUGUGUUGGUCCGGGUGUAUGAGGGUGAGCGUGCGAUGGUGAAUGACAAUAACUUGUUGGGCCAGUUUCAGUUGUCAGGUAUCCCACCGGCGCCGCGUGGUGAAGCCCAGAUUGAAGUGACCUUCGGCAUUGACCUGAAUGGCAUUCUCAACGUGUCAGCGGUGGACAAGUCGGCGGGAAAGCAGAACAGCAUCACCAUCGUCAAAGACACGGGUCGUCUGACGGAAGAUGAGAUCGAGAAGAUGGUGAAUGAUGCAAACAUCUUCGAGCAGGUGGAUAAAAAGCGGAAGAGUAGGUUUGAAGCGAAGAUGAUGUUGGAGAACUGCAUCUUUAGCAUAAGGCGGAAAAUAAAGGAGGGAGAGAUGAAGCAAAAAGCAUCAGAGAAGACCACUAAAGACAUACUUACGAUGUGUGAGACAACAUGGGAGUGGAUGAACAGCGACGAAGAUGCCACAAAGGAGGACUACGAUCUAAAGCGCACAAAUUUGGAGACCCUAGCCAGCUCCGUUGUGGCAAAGCAGAACCUAUUUUCGUGA